AUGACCUUGCCGGGUGUUCCAGAUAGGAGGAAUUCUUAUAUUUUUAUAUCAGACAAUCAACCUUUAAAUGUUGUUAAUUUAGUCAUUGAUAAAGAUUGGAAUAAUGUACAAAUUGAUAAUUUGAACUACAUAUAUUCUGAGAACAGAACUGACGAAGAGAUUCCUACGACGUUAUUAAUCAUUUCAGAUUUCAAUCAAAAAUAUGGUGCAAUACAAGGAUUAGAAGCAUUAGAGUUUUUGGAUUCAUCACCAGAUGUACGAAUAUCUCUUAUCCAUAACCCAUCAACUGAUACUGGUGACAGUAUCAUGUCAUCAAUGAUAUAUUAUCUAUUAUAUGAAGUUGCGGACUUGCCAAAGCAUGUAUCAUUAAAAUCCGCAUUUGAAGAGUUUUUGAAUGAACUUUCGGUAGAAAAACAUAUAAAAAGUAGUAAUGAAGAAGAUCAAAUUCCGAUUGGAAGAACUAGAAAUUCUGCAGUAUCUGAUGGGUGGCAAAUGAUUGAUAAUUUAAAGGCCAACAAAUAUUGGAAAGAUAUGAAACCAUUCAUUAAAAAUCUAUUAAAAUUAGGCCAAGGAGAGACUGCCUUCGUCAUAAACGGUCGUAUUGUUGGACCUAUUAAUUCGAAUCAUUUGUUUACCUUUGAUGAUUUCGAAUUAUUGAUCACUACUGAACUUGCCGAACGCAUCAAUCCCGUUAUUGAAAGUGUAAAAAAUCUCAAUUUAAAUUUAACAUUGGAAGGAUCAAAUUAUUCGGAUUUCUUUUUAAAGGCAACUUCCGUAAUUUCCGUUUCUGGUGUGUCUGAAGUUCCGGUUGGCCUCUUUAAUAUCCCAGAUAAUAAACGUGAUCUCUUAUACCAAACUCUAAAGAGAGACUACGGUCUAAUACAGAUUGGUCAGAAAGACACCGCAAUGUAUUAUAUUUCUGCAAUUGUUGAUCCAUUAAGUCCAACAGCACAGAAAUGGUCAACUAUUUUGCUAACACUGUCUCAAAUUGAGGGUGUGUACAUUGAACUGUACCUAUAUCCUCAUCUGUCUUUAAAAGAAUUACCAAUAAAACGUUUCUAUCGAUAUGUUCUGGAGCCUCGGUUGAAAUUUAAUGCAACAACAAAUGCUCUUAUUCCGCCAACUGCAUAUUUUGCCCAUCUUCCUGAAGAUCCACUAUUAACACUUGGAAUGGAUGUAAUUCAAUCAUGGUUGGUCACACCAAAAGUAUCAAUACAUGAUUUGGAUAAUAUUCGCCUAGCUAAUUUAGAUAGUCGAUAUAAAAUUAAAGGAGUAGAUGCACUUUUUGAAUUAAAAAACAUUCUUAUUGAAGGACACGCAUUUGACAUUACAACGAAUUCACCACCUAGUGGCCUUCAACUUUUACUUGGCACAAAUAAUUAUCCUGCAAUGGUUGAUACAAUUGUGAUGGCUAAUCUUGGGUAUUUACAAUUAAAAGCAAAUCCUGGAGUCUGGACACUUAGAUUAAGAGAGGGAAAGUCAACAGAAAUAUAUGAUCUGCUAAGUGUUGGUAGCGAAGGAUGGUUUAGUCGGAACGUUAGUGAAAUUGGUAACGAAAUAGUUUUAAACAGCUUUGAAGGGUUGAUAAUUUAUCCUCGUCUGGUACGUAAACCGGGAAAGGAAAAUGUUAAUAUUAAAGAUGACGAAAACGAUGAUAGCUUUUGGGAUUACUUUAAGAAUAAGUUCACUAAACCAGAUAGUCAGAAACAAGGCAAAGCUGAGAUAAAUAUAUUUUCGGUAGCGUCUGGGCACCUUUAUGAAAGAUUCUUGUAUAUAAUGAUUCUUAGUGUGUUGCAACAUACAAAGAGUAAAGUGAAGUUUUGGUUUAUUGAAAACUUUUUGUCAUCUUCCUUUAAAGAUUUUAUACCACAUAUGGCUAAGGAAUAUGAUUUUGAAUACGAGCUUGUUACGUAUAAGUGGCCACAUUGGCUACGCAGCCAGACAGAAAAGCAGCGUACAAUAUGGGGAUAUAAGAUCUUAUUUCUUGAUGUUCUUUUCCCUCUCGAUUUGGAUAAGGUUAUCUUUGUUGACGCUGAUCAAAUCGUUCGGACUGAUCUAAAGGAAUUAAUUGAUAUGGAUUUAAAAGGUGCGCCAUACGGAUAUACUCCAUUCUGUGACAAUCGACCGGAAAUGGAUGGGUUUAGAUUUUGGAAGUCUGGAUACUGGAGUGAACAUCUGAACGGAAAGCCAUACCAUAUCAGUGCUUUAUAUGUUAUCGAUUUGCAAAGAUUUCGCCAGAUGGCUGCCGGGGAUAAACUACGUGGUCAAUAUCAGAUCCUUAGCGCAGAUCCGAACUCUUUGUCGAAUUUGGACCAAGAUUUGCCAAACAACAUGCAACAUAUUGUGCCAAUAUUUUCUUUGCCACAAGAAUGGUUGUGGUGUGAGACAUGGUGCAGUGAUGAAUCAUUAGCUACAGCGAAGACUAUCGAUCUGUGCAACAAUCCUUUAACAAAAGAACCUAAACUCGAGAGAGCAAAGCGUCAAAUUCCAGAAUGGGAGUCUUAUGAUAAUGAUGUUGCAUCUUUAGCGGCAAGGAUUGCGCAGCAAAAAGCUUCUGUACAAGACAAUCAGCAAAAUGUUCCAGAAAGCAGUUCUCGAAAAACGGAACCAACUACCACUACUCGCCACAAUGAUGAGCAUGAGCAUGAUGAGGGACAUAAUAAUCUAGAUGAGUAUCGGGCAGUCCGGCGGUCAGUCCGCUGGACAGUCCAAAAAGCUCGAAUUAUAG